CUGGCGUCCAUUUUCAGCAUUCUUUCCAGUGCGCCAGAGCAGUUGCAUGCCGCAACCGUCGUCGGCCAGCCCAUGAAAACCUGGGAUAUGAGCUCUUCCAACGCUAUCAUCGUCACAUUCGCAGCAGAUGUCACUGAGCGCCUUGCUACCAUAGCGCAUGGCGUCGGAGGAAGCGAUGGAAAACACUUCUGUCCCGCAUUAGCCGCGGCACUUUGGCUGGUCAAUCAGCACCUCAAAGACCAGAAAAGGGCUGAUUCAGUUCUUGGGGCCCGUUUAUUAAGACUCUUGAGUAAUCUCGAGAGAAUUUGCAAGCCGCAAACUGGACACUCAAACCCACAUCAGUCAACAUCGAAAGCAGCAAAAAAUGGAUUCGAACUCGCCAAUCGCUAUCCUGGACUGAAUCUGCUUUGUCAGAACAAUCGCAAAAACGCAGUGGACGGCAUCCGCAAGUUGGCUUCACGCCGAAGUCCUGAAGGGAAAACGAGACAACAGGAUCUACUAAGAAUCCUUGAGACUUUCAUCAGGGGCCUCGCGGUCGUAGAUGAGGAUCCGAAUUCUAAUGAAAAGAAUGACGUUUGGGUCGGAGAGGAUUUUACCGGCUCAAUCCGAACUCUAUACAAGGUGCUAUCUUCGCACAUCUUCUGCAACACUGGAAGUGAGCAGAAACAGAUAGCAGGACGACUUCGACUAGCACUAGAGAGUGGAACGGACGGCAAUUCACCAGCAUUCGACUUCAUGUUCCUUACACAUCCGCACCACGAGUGGCAAGAGGAAUGCAUUCGAUGGCGCGAGACCCGGGUUAGCGUGGAUCGCAGGAAGGCCAAAUUUGUGAAUACGACCGACGAAGAGGCACAGCUCCAAAUCAACGGCCCAAUGCACAUCGCCGACCUUUGCGAAAGAAUAAGCACCAGGGAACAGUACAAACUAUCUCUCCAGGUAUCAGACAAACAACUGCAUUUCGUCGAAUGGUGCGAAGGGGCGAAAUCUUGGGUGCCGAACGCACCGUCUGUCCCUUUGUCCACCAUCUUGAGGAACCACAGGCUGUCUAAAAAGAUGAAGUAUCUACUCUCCUACCUUCUAGCCAAGUCAGUGUGGCAGUUCUAUUCUACCGACUGGUUGGGCAAAGGAUGGACAAAAGAGAGCAUACACUUCAUGUUUGAGCGCCGCCAAAGCGCCACCAACGCUGGAAUUUACUUGAACGAGCCCUUUGUCUCGGCUCGCUUUGAUCCAGACGGCUGCAACAACUCCAUGUUUCGACCUCACAAGUUUCCCAAGAUCAAGGCUCUUGGGAUCGUCCUGCUUGAGAUUGAACUGGGAGUAGUCAUCGAAGAUCACUACGAAGCAGAGUGUUACGCUCCCGAUGGAGAACUCAAUACCGAUGCCGAUCUAUACGUCGCGCACAAGCUUUAUGAUGACCCUGAUAGGCUGGAGGACACAUUCGCCCCCUUGAAAACUGUCAUUGGAGACUGUCUUCGGCCUUCCAAGUUUAUGCAGCAGCGCCACAGCGAUGAGGAACUUCGAAAUGUCUUGCAAAAAGAAGUGGUUCAUCAUCUACACACUCUUAUAGCGCUGUAUGGUCAGCCAGAGAGGAUUGAGCUCAAGCCAACCCUUCAGAUGCAGCAUUCACAGGUUGGGCAGGUAGCAUAUCCGCAAAACAAGUCUCAGGGCGCGCCUUUACAACAGCUACAAGCACCACGAAACAUUCCCGUGGUUGAGACUCACCAACCCGUGAGGGCGGAGUCUGUCACUCAAGGUUCCGUGGCGAGCUACAUUGGGCAAGCCUCGUCUGCGGCUUGGUUCGACGAGCUAGACAAACUCAACGACAUCCUCUCUUCCUUGCCGAACGAGAUUGACCAGGCAUACAACCAAGUUCGCAUCGCGGUCAUUGAUACAGGUAUCAACGAGGAUGACGCCUACGCCAAGCAGAUACGAGGCUACCGAGACUUUGUAGCGAACAAAGAUUACGUGAAGCAGGAUGCCACUGGCCAUGGUACUAACUCAGUCAAACUGAUCUUCAAAGUCUACGCUGAAGCUGAAGUGUAUGUUGCCCGAGUAUUUGAGUCUGAUCAGGCAAAUGAUGAUACGCAAGACCUGAUGUUGAAGGCCAUUGAACAUGCAACGAAUGUCUGGCAUGUGGAUAUUAUCAGCAUCGCAUCUGGCUUCGAGAGAGACCAUACCAUGACGAGAAGAGCGAUCAAAAAGGCCGCUAGUGACGGAACUCUCGUGUUCGCUGCGGCAUCCAACUACGGAAAUAUUAGACAAGUCACAUUCCCGGCACGUAUGCAGGACGUAAUUUGCGUUUUCUGCACAGAUGGUCGGGCCAAGGUCUCUCAAUCAAUCAACCCUGCCGCCCAAAGUACCAAGUCGAAAAACUUUGCCAUUCUCGGCGAAGGAGUUUCGGUUCCACCAUCGAUAAAGGAACAGCUUACUGGAACGUCCGUUGCAACAAGCAUUGCGGCUGGCCUAGCAGGGCGAUUACUUGAUUUCUCACGCCAAAAGGAAGGGCGGAAGCGAAUACGAUGCGUUGGGAACUUGGCCAGCGUGGAGGGCAUGUCCGCAGUAUUCAGCCACAUGGCGAAAGGAGCCCAGGACUACAGGUAUAAUUGUGUGGUGCCUGGAAGACUCCUGCAGCACUUGGAUGAGUGUGAAGGGAGGGCGGCCAAGAGAGACAAGAUAUGUGAGAGGAUUUCAGUCGCUUUGGAGAAUAUUGACUUGGACGUAUGAUGCCUGAUACACGAUGCAGUAAAACAGCAAGGAUACUGCAGAACGAUACCCUGAAGUCUAUAGCCAGCCGGCAAGACUAGUGUGUAGAUAGAUGUGGUCGCGCAAAGGGGUGCGCCAGAAUGACGGGCUACUAGCAGGAUCGCGACUGGAGUGAAAGAAGAAACCCUGUUACAGAGGACGUGCACGGAACCAGCUCCUCUG